AUGGUUAUACCACUGGAAGAACUGAAGCUGCCAGGUGGUGGGGUGGAAGGGUCUAUGUUGGAAAUUCAAUUUGUCGUUGUGUGUUCAUUUUCAGACAAUCAGGAUGGCUGGGAUGGAAAACAGGAAAAUGAAGAAUGGCUUCUUGGAGGUCCAGAUGUCAUGACUGAGAAAGAUAUGGAGUUGUUCAGAGAUAUUCAGGAGCAAGCACUGCAGAAAGUAGGAGUAACAGGAGCCCCUGAUCCACAAGUCCGCUGUCCAUCAGUCAUCGAGUUUGGGAAAUAUGAAAUCCACACCUGGUAUUCCUCUCCAUACCCACAAGAGUAUUCCAGGCUGCCUAAGCUGUACAUUUGUGAAUUCUGUCUUAAGUAUAUGAAAAGCAGAACUAUCCUUCAGCAACACAUGAAGAAGUGUGGCUGGUUUCAUCCCCCAGCCAAUGAAAUUUACAGGAAGAGCAAUGUUUCAGUCUUUGAGGUGGAUGGCAACGUCAGUACCAUUUACUGCCAGAACCUGUGUCUAUUAGCAAAACUCUUCCUGGAUCACAAGACGCUCUAUUAUGAUGUGGAGCCAUUUCUCUUCUAUGUGCUGACGCAAAAUGACAUGAAGGGUUGCCACCUGGUUGGCUAUUUCUCCAAGGAGAAGCACUGCCAGCAGAAAUACAAUGUUUCCUGCAUAAUGAUUCUUCCCCAGUACCAGCGCAAGGGCUAUGGCAGGUUCCUCAUUGAUUUCAGUUAUCUCCUAUCAAAGCGUGAAGGCCAAGCAGGAUCCCCAGAGAAGCCGCUAUCAGAUUUGGGUCGUCUCUCUUACAUGGCUUAUUGGAAAAGCGUAAUCUUGGAGUGCCUUUAUCACCAAAAUGACAAGCAACUCAGCAUCAAGAAGCUAAGCAAGCUGACCGGCAUCUGCCCUCAAGACAUCACUUCCACCCUGCAUCACCUGCGAAUGCUGGAUUUCCGAAAUGAUCAAUUUGUGAUUGUCCGGCGGGAGAAGCUUAUCCAAGACCACAUGGCAAAGCUGAAACUGAAUCUCCGGCCUGUAGUUGUAGAUCCAGAAUGCCUACGCUGGACUCCUGUCAUUGUCUCAAACUCAGUGGUUUCAGAGGAUGAAGAAGAAGAAGCUGAAGAUGGGGAAAAUGAAGAGCAGCAGCAGCAAAGGGAAAGAGAGGUAGAGGUGAUCAAAUCUGUAUCCUGGGAGAAAAAAGAGAGAGAGUCUUACUUUCCUCUGGAGAGUGAAAAAAAGCCAGACAUUGUUUCUCCAGCCAAUUCUGUGCGGCCAAACAAACAAAGUCUUCCCCUUGCUGGUCUUCCUGCAAACAACCAGAUGCCACGGAGAGGCCGUCGGAAGAACAAACAGCCGCAGGAGUCCUUUGCAGAGAAGGAUUUGAAACUGCUUUUAGAGGAGAAGUCAGCCAUGGCCAGGGGAGGUCGCUGUGGGGAGUGUCAGGAAAAGGCGGCUGCGGCUGCUGCGGCGGCUGCAGCUGCGGCCGCUUCCCGAGAGAGAUUUGGGGAGACUGAAGAGAGAACCACUUCCUCCCAGGGACAGUGUGGCAAAUGUGAGGAAAGGUCCCCGGCUCCCCGGGGGCACUUUGGCAAAGAUGAGGAAAAGUCCCCCAUCUCCCAUGGGCAGUAUGGCAAAGGGGAGAAGCCCUCAGCGGCUCAGAGAUACAGUGAAGUGUGGCGAGGGCAGCUGAAGACCCACGAGCCCCUGAAAGGCAGACUCUCCAAGGAGUGCGACCGAAUACCCCGGCCACACCGCGAGGGUGAGAGGACACUGCCAAGGCACUUCAGUGAGAGCAGCGAAGAGGAGGGGGAGGAGCCUGUCAGCCCCUGCUCCACUUCCCCACCAGUUCUCACCAAACCCACCUUGAAGCGAAAGAAGCCCAUUCCCCGGAAGAGGCGGGUCCGCAAGCGCAAAUAUCACAACAGCAGUGUUGUGACAGAAACCAUCUCUGAAACGACUGAGGUCCUGGAUGAGCCUUUUGAGGACUCUGAUUCUGAAAGGCCCAUGCCUCAACUGGAGCCCACCUUUGAGAUGGAGGACGAGGAGGAUGAGGAAGAAAGUGAACUGUUCCCAAGAGGAUAUCUUCGUCGCCUCUCUCCCCAAGGCUCCCUCAGGCACAGGCCCUCCUCCAAGAGAGGAUCUCAGGGUGGAGAGGAGUCCGACGAUGCCACUGGCUCUCCUACCUUGAAACCAGUCUCGGUGCUGAGAAAAUGUGAAGCGAAAGAUUCCCCACUCCAGCCAGACACUUCCACCCCCAUGAAGAAGAAGAAGGGCUGGCCCAAAGGCAAAAGCCGCAAGCCCAUCCACUGGAAGAAGAGGCCUGGCCGCAAGCCAGGCUUCAAGCUGAAGAGAGGGAAGGUCUUGGCAGCUGCCACCGAAGAGGCAACUGACCCCACGGAAGCCGCUUUGAAACCAGGUCGCAAACCAAAAGUGCAGGAGAAGGAAGAGCCUGUUGAGCAGAAGGAAGAGCACCUGCAUGUUGUAGAGGAAAGGAAAGAAGAAGAAGAAGAAGAAGAAGAAGAAGAAGAAGGGCCUCCAGAAGUUGGGGACCUGGGAGAGGAAGAGGAAGGUGCAGCUGCCAGUGAAGCAAGAGGGGCUUCUCCUUUAGGGCAGCAGCAGCAGCAGCCCAGCAGCAGAAGUCAAGGAACCCGACAUGGAGGAAGAGGUGGAGAAGCCCCAGAGCCUCGGAGAGCAGAGGCAGUCGGAAGAAGAGCAGCCGGAGAUGGAAGAACCUGAGCGCGAAGAGGAGGAGGAGGAGGAGGAGGAAGUGGCAGCUGUGGCAAACCAGAAUGAAGACCACGAUGCGGAUGACGAAGAAGACGAUGGGCAGGUGGAGCCUGCCAAGAAGAAUGAACUG